AUGUCUGAGCACAAAGAGGAGCAGGCUAAGGGCAAGCACCCGAGUAUUCCUCUGGAUGUCAAUAUUCAAAUGCUGGAAUGCCUGGAUAAAGGAAAGCGCCAAGUGGAUAUUGGGGCAGAUCUACAUUUGCCUACCUCCACCAUCUGCACUGUCCUCGAAAACAAGGAUAUGAUCCGCACUUCAAAGACGACCAGCACUGCUUUUUUCGGCCAAGAAGAUCACCCGCUCCAGGUCCUACGCUCUUGA